AUGUCAAAGCUAUUUUCUACCGUCAGUUCCGCAAGACAUAGUGUACCACUAGGCGGCAUGAAAGAUUAUGUGCAUAUUAAGAAACUAGAGAUGAAUACGAUUCUUGGACCCGAUUCCUGGAAUCAAUUAAUGCCUCAGAAAUGUCUGUUAAGCUUGGAUAUGGGUACAGAUUUUAGUAAGUCUGCGGCUAUGGAUGAUUUGAAGUAUUCUCUAAAUUAUGCUGUUAUUUCUCGUGAUUUGACAAAUUUCGUUAGUAAAAAAAAAAAUUGGGGCUCUGUUUCCAAUUUGGCUAAAUCCGUGUCCCAGUUUGUUAUGGAUAAAUAUUCUGGUGUUGAGAGUCUGAAUUUGGAAGUGCAGGCGGAUACAACCCAUAUUAGAAGUGACCACAUAUCUUGUAUCAUUCAACAAGAAAGAGGAGAUCCAGAAUCACAGGAAUUUGACGUUGUUAGAAUAUCUGAGCUGAAAAUGUUGACUUUGAUUGGUGUUUUUACCUUUGAGAGGCUUAAGAAGCAGUAUGUCACAUUGGAUAUAAAACUACCUUGGCCAAAGAAAGCCGAAUUGGCGCCCCCAGUUCAGAGUAUCAUUGAUGAAGUUGUCAAAUUUGUAGAAGAAUCAAACUUCAAGACUGUAGAAGCUUUGGUGGAAUCUGUGUCAGCUAUCAUUGCCCAUAACGAGUAUUUUCAAAAGUGUCCAGAUUCGCCAUUGGUAGUUAAGGUUUUGAAGUUAAAUGCAAUCACGGCUACGGAAGGUGUUGGUGUAAGCUGUAUUCGAGAGCCUAGGGAGAUCGGGGUGGCAAAUUUGUCACAUGUUUCCUCCAUACAUGAUUCAUCUGAUAUUAAAUUCGAACUACCGUCACUACAAAACACUUCUACGGAAGGUAAAGACACAUGGAAAAGAGCAUAUUUAGCGUUUGGUUCUAACAUUGGGGAUCGCUUCAAGAAUAUUCAAACGGCAUUGCAAUUACUAUCAAGGGAAAAAACUGUUAAAUUGCUGAAUAUAUCAUCUAUUUUUGAAAGCGAACCAAUGUAUUUCAAGGAUCAAACCCCUUUCAUGAAUGGAUGCGUUGAGCUGGAGACCCUGCUGACUCCAAGUGAGCUAUUAAAAUUGUGCAAAAAAAUUGAAUACGAAGAGUUGCGAAGAGUCAAGCAUUUUGAUAAUGGUCCGAGAACAAUAGAUCUGGAUAUUAUUAUGUUUUUGAAUAGUGUCGGAGAAGAAAUCAUAGUAAAUGAACCGGAUUUGAAUAUACCGCAUCCUAGGAUGUUGGAAAGAACAUUUGUCCUUGAGCCGUUAUGUGAGCUACUUUCGCCCUUACAGCUUCAUCCUGUGACAGCGGAGCCUAUAGUAGACCAUUUAAAACAGUUGUACGAAAAACAACAUGAUGAAGAUACCUUGUGGAAAUUAGUUCCAUUGCCUUAUCGUGAUGAUGCGGAACCUAGAUUUCUGAAAUUCAAGACCGCUACAAAAAUCGAUGAAUUUACUGGUGAAACAAGCAGAAUUACUAUUUCACCUACAUAUGUCAUGGGUAUUUUCAAUGCUACGCCAGAUUCCUUUUCCGAUGGAGGUGAACAUUUUGCGGAUACUAAGAGUCAAUUGGAUUAUGUCAUUAAAAUGUGUAAAGACACUUUGUAUUUACAUGAGAGCGUAAUUAUCGACGUUGGAGGAUGUUCUACCAGGCCUAAUUCUAUUCAGGUGUCUGAGGAAGAAGAAAUUCAAAGGUCUAUUCCAUUAAUUAAGGCCAUCAGGGAAAACUCCGAGUUGCCGCAGGAUAAGCUCAUACUAUCCAUUGAUACCUACCGUUCUAAAGUCGCUAAAGAAGCGAUUGCAGCAGGGGUAGAUAUUAUUAAUGAUAUUUCUGGAGGUUUAUUUGACAGCAACAUGUUUCCUGUAAUUGCAGAGAAUCCAGAAAUUUGUUAUAUUUUGUCACACACUCGUGGCGAUAUUGCAACGAUGAAUAAACUAGCACAUUAUGAAGAUUUUGCAUUAGGCGAUUUUAUUCAACAAGAGUUUGUUUAUAACACCAGUAUCCAGCAGUUAGAUAAAUUGAAAGAUAUAACAACGUUAAUUAGGAAUGUUGGUCAAGAAAUUGGGCAAAGAUAUAUCAAAGCAAUCAAUAAUGGAGUGAAACGCUGGCAAAUUAUAAUCGAUCCUGGACUUGGUUUUGCGAAAAAUUGGAAACAGAACUUACAAAUUAUUAGACAUAUCCCCAUUUUAAAGAAUUAUUCAUUCAUCAUGAACUCAAGGAACUCCCAAGUGUAUGUUAACCUCAGAAAUAUUCCCGUUUUAUUGGGUCCAUCGCGCAAAAAAUUCAUUGGGCAUAUCACAAAAGAUAUAGAUGCAAAGCACAGAGAUUUUGCCACUGGAGCUGUAGUAGCAUCGUGUAUUGGAUUCGGUAGUGACAUGGUCAGGGUUCAUGACGUGAAAAAUUGUUCGAAGAGCAUUAAAUUAGCAGAUGCUAUUUAUAAAGGUUUGGAAUAA